AUGGCGCGCCAGUACCUCGCGCUCGCGCUGCUGCUGCUCGCGGUCACCAUCUCGACGACCGCCAUGACUUCAGCGAAUGGCGCGACGCUCGUCAUCAGCAACAUCGACCGCAGCCUGACGGUCGACAACUACACCAUCUACGGCCAGAACAUUUACGACAACGAAACCGGCGUCCAAGUCAAGCCGACCAAAAACCCCGACGGGUCGCUCACGGUGGAAGGCAAGUACACGUGGUACCCGAACGGCACCAUCGCCGCACCCGGAGGGAUUAUCUACAUCGCCGGCGCGGCCAGCUUCGUGGAAAUCGCGAACACGAAGCUGUACGGCAAGGGCGGCAUCGCGCGGAACGCGGCGACGGACGCGGUGAUUCCGUGGGUUGAGAAUCCCGACGGCUCGUUCACCGCCGGCGACAUCACCGGCUGGGCGAACGGCACGUUCCGCGGCUCCAAUGGCGUCGUGCUGCGAACGCGCCUCUCGUUCAAACCAACGAAUGGCGGCGGAAGCACCGGUAGCGGCGGAGGCACGGGCACCGGCGGUGGCACGGGCACUGGCGGAGGCACGGGAACUGGCGGGAGCACUGGCACCGGCGGAGGAACGGGUACUGGCGGAGGCACGGGUACUGGCGGAGGCACGGGUACUGGCGGAGGCACGGGUACUGGCGGAGGUACGGGCACGGGCGGAGGCACGGGCACUGGCGGAAGCACGGGCACUGGCGGAAGCACGGGCACUGGUGGAGGCACGGACACCGGCGGAAGCACGGGUACCGGCGGUGCCACGGGCACGGGCGGAGGCACGGGCACUGGCGGAGGCACGGGCACUGGCGGUGGCACGGGCACCGGCGGAAGCACGGGCACUGGAGGAAGCACGGGCACUGGCGGAAGCACGAGCACCGGCGGAAGCACGGGCACUGGCGGAGGCACGGGCACCGGCGGAGGCACGGGCACCGGCGGAGGCACGGGCACCGGCGGAAGCACGGGCACGGGCGGAAGCACAGGCACCGGCGGAAGCACGGGCACCGGCGGGAGCACAGGCACCGGCGGAGGCACGGGCACGGGCGGAAGCACGGGCAGCGGCGGAGGCGUGAACCCGGACGGCAGUGUGGCGUUGGGCGCGGACUAUAAGGUGCUGCCCAACGGCACGGUGGUCGACGCAGCUGGCAAGCCCGUCGCUCCCGUCGCCAAUCCCGACGGCUCGUUCACUGUUGGCGGCAAGUACACCGCCUUCCCCAACGGCACGAUUGUGGGUCCCGACGGGUCGGUGGUGGAGAGCGGCAAGAAAUUCGCUGUCAAUCCGGACGGCACGAUCGCUGUUAUCGCCGACCCCAGCAGCACCAGCCUGACUGUGAACCCCGAUGGCAGCCUGACCGUCGGACCCGGCUACACCAUGCUACCUAACGGCCAGGUGGUUGACUCCACUGGAGCUUUUGUCACGCCCACUGUCAACCCGGAUGGGUCGUAUUCCGUUGCUGGUGACUACACGGCGUACAUCAAUGGCACGGUCACUGCUCCCGGUGUUUCCAUUGCCACUGUCUCCGGCGCGCCUGAAUACACAAUCGGCAGCACGACGAUGCUGGCCAAUGGCACGGUGCUGGACGGGGCUGGAAAGCCGAUUAAGCCAACGCCGAAUGCAGACGGGUCGUUCACGGCGGGUGACAUCACAGGGUUUCCGAACGGCACACUUGUGGGCGCCAACGGUGCGGUUGUCAACACUGGCAAGCAUUUCGCCGUUGCCCCUGAUGGCACCAUCGCCGUCACCUCUCCUGCGCCUGGUUCCCUCCCCGCGCCUGGCUCCAUCCCUGGUCCCACUCCCUCUACUGACCCCAGCAGCACCAAGCUGACGUUCAACCCGGAUGGCAGCCUGUCGUUCGGACCCGGCUAUACCAUGCUACCUAGCGGCCAGGUGGUUGACUCCACGGGAGCCACUGUUGCUCCCAUUCUCAAUCCCGACGGGUCCUACUCGGUCGGCGCUGGCUACACUGCCUAUGAAAACGGCACGCUCGCAGCGCCCGGUGUUGCCAUCGACCGCGUCGGCGCGCUUGGGUACACGAUCGGCGGCACGAAGAUGCUGGCCAAUGGCACGGUUCUGGACGCGGCUGGGGCGCAGAUCACGCCGACGGCGAAUACAGACGGGUCGUUCACAGCGGGCGAGCUGACUGGGUUUGAGAACGGCACGCUUGUGGGUACGAAUGGUGCGGUUGUCAACACGGGCAAGCAGUUCACAGUUAACCCUGAUGGCACCAUCACUGUCACCUCUCCUGCGCCUGGCUCUGCCCCUGCGCCUGGCUCUGCCCCUUCUCCUGGCUCUGCCCCUGGCCCCACUCCCUCUGACCCCAGCAUCACCACCCUGACGUUCAAUCCCGAUGGCACCCUGACUUCCGGGGCCGGCUAUGUCAUGUUAGUUAGCAGCGGCGCGGUGACUAAAGUGACUGACUCCACUGGAGCCCCUGUUGCUCUCACUUCCCAUCCGGACGGCUCCUUCUCUUUCGGCGAUGGCUACACUGCCUACCCCAACGGCACGCUCACAGCUCCCGGUGUUUCCGUCAACCUCGCCGAUAAUACUGACCCCGGCUUGCACGGUCAGAAGAUUGGUCCGCCUGGGUACGCAAUAGGCAGCACGCACAUUCUCACCAAUGGCACGGUGCUGGACGCGGCGGGAGCGCCGAUUAUGGCGACGGAUAACGGGGACGGGUCGUUCACAGCGGGUGACAUCACAGGGUUUGAGAACGGCACCCUUGUGGGCGCCAACGGUGCUGUAAUCAGCACUGGAAAGCAGCUCUUCAUCAAUCCGGAUGGCACCAUCACCGUCACCUCUGGUGUGCCUGACCCCAGCAGCACCACCCUGACGUUCAAUCCCGACGGCACCCUGACUCUUGGACCCGGGUAUAUCAUUACACCCGGUUACAAAGGGACGACUAGCGUGGCAGACUCCACUGGAGCCCCUGUUCCCCGCACCUCCAAUCCGUACGGCUCCUUCUCUUUCGGCACGGGCAACGCUGCGUACUACAACGGCACGAUCACAGCACCCGGCGUUGCCGUCUACCUGAACGACGAAUCUGAGCACGGUCAGACUUAUGGCCCGCCUGGGUACGCAAUAGGCAGCACGCAGAUGCUGCUCUACACCGAUGGGGCCACGCCGAUGCAGCAGUUCACCGGUGGAACGGCGUUGCUGGACGCGGGAGAGCCGGUUAAUGCGACGGAUAACGGGGACGGGUCGUUCACAGCGGGCCAGCUGACUGGGUUUCCGAACGGCACACUUGUGGGCGCCAACGGUGCUGUGAUCAACACUGGCAGGCAGUUCACCAUAGGCCCGGAUGGCACUGUCACCAUCGGCUCUCCUGCCCCUGCCUCUGCCCCUGCCCCUGCCCCUGCACCUGCCCCUGCACCUGCCCCUGCACCUGGCUCUGCCCCUGCCCCUGCACCUGCCCCUGCCCCUGGCUCUGCUCCUGCCCCUGGCUCUGCCCCUGCACCUGGCUCUGCCCCUGCACCUGGCUCUGCCCCUGCACCUGGCUCUGCCCCUGCGCCGGGCUCCCUCCCCGGCCCCGUUCCUUCCCCCGGGCCCCCGCCCUCCAGCGGCGGCAGCGUGACGUUCAAUCCCGAUGGCAGCCUGUCGUUUGGACCCGAUUCCAGCCCCUACACUCGCUUCCCCAACGGCACGGUUGUGGACUCAGCCGGUUCUCUCACUUCACCGGUCACUGCCUUGGCCACCGCCAUCACUGUUGCGCUCACCUCCCUGCUCUUUGUGUAG